AUGUCUGGCAUUCAACAACUGUUAACAACACCAGUCAUUGACUAUCAGGAUGAGCUAGAGCUUCCAAUUGAUUGUGAAAAUGUUGUUCUUUGCGAUGACAAUGUAUUGUUGUUGAUCAAAGAUAGUACUGUAACUGUUUAUCAUGGCCUUUUAGUCAGUCGUGUUUUGAAAUUUGAUGACGAUAUAAUCAGAGCGUGUGUCACUUCAUUUCUUAUAAAGGAUGAACCUACUCAAAUAAUGGCAAUCUGUUUCAAAAAGUAUAUAAACUUUUACUAUCCUAAUGGGAAAUUAUACACUUUGCAUCUACCUUUUGAUGUUGUAUUGGUCAAGGACUACGAUAGGGGGUUAGUCUUGCAAACGCGAACGGAGCUUUAUUUAAUCAACAGGGAUCUUGGUUUGAAAUUUGUUGAUACAGAUACAAAUAGUUCCUUUCACAAUUAUGAAUAUGUGACAACAUUUGAUCAACGAGAUACAGGUAUUUCGUUAUGCACUACAUUUGUUGAUGGUGAAAUCAAUGUAUACCAAGUGAAAAACUCAAGCAGAAACCUAAAAUUUAAUUCUAAACCAUCUAGCAAGCUGCAAAAGAAAAAGCAUUACUCAAUUUCGACUUCAUCAAGCAAAUACACAGAACCGAAACUAAGUCAGAUCUUUAUACUGGAAAAUCGAACAAGCACUUUAUUAUCUGAUGCAAGGAUAUCGAAUCCCGAGCAGCCACCGAUUUCCAGUUUGCGCAAGGACGUCAUCUUGUCUAAGAUUGAAACUGUUGAAAACAAACUUAGCCGAAACCAUGUCAAGAUAUUCAGUAUACCCUUUGACAAUCAAGAAGGGGUUGUUGUGGUCAACAAAUUGAAGCAAGAGUUGCACGUUUACAGCUACAAUUCUUAUUCAAAGUCUCUGUCUAUUUACAAGUGCCUGUGCCUAGAUUGCAUUCCUUUCAACUCCACUUUUGAAGGCAACUUAAUUGUUUUGACGGAUGAUGGUUUAUUCAUUGUUAAUCCGUUCCUUGAAUUGCGUACAGGAUGCAACACAAAUCUACCUGUAUGCAUGCUAAUAAGCUCGAAUGAUGGCAAAGUUGCUCUUCGAUUGAAGGACGAUUCAAUUCGGUUGGUGAAAAUCAUAUUGGAUCCAGUGUCUGAUUUGAUCCUGGCGUGUUUGAGAUGCUUCAAAUACUUGUCGGGAUCAACUGUAAAUCAAAUUUUGUGGCUGCUUUGGCGAACCGCUUAUAACAAUUGUGGAUCAGAGUGGAACGCAUUAGUUGUGGCCUUAUUGUCGUUGACUUUCCCCUUUCUGGACACUCUUCAAUUUACUCCAAAUGAAGUCACGAACCUCUUACCCCAAGCCAAAAUUCUUCGUGAAAAUGCACAUGUUAACUACAAUUUACAGGAUUUGAUACCAUACAUUGUUGUAUCGUUGCACCUACUUCGCGAAGAAUACAGGUUGGAUGUUACCAAGAAGCACUACUUGAACAUGCUUGGCACUUUAUUGUGUCAGUUGACUAUUUGGAUGGGCUGGCCCGACACUUGGGUCAACUACUACAAUGUUUCUUGCAACCUUGAUAAGUCGGUCAAAUUCCUCCUGCUUCAAAUUGUUCCAUUUCCUCCAAACUUAUUUGAAUCCUUGGCCAGCUUAUUCACUGACAACAUUGUGCAGUAUUUAUCAUUCUCGCAAUUGGUUGAAGAGAGCGACUCAGUAGACGCCAUUGUUACACCUGUGACGAAUGUUGUUUUGAAGCUUUUCGAGGUGCUUGUGUCUUUACAGUAUGGACCGGCACACUUGGUUGAUAUGAUGAGUGAUCUUGGUGUUACUUCUCUUGAAACAUUUCCCUUGGGUGUGUCUAUACCUUUGAAAGAGGCGUUGCUGGUCUCUCAAGAGCAACCAAAUUUUGAAUGGACGUCUGACGCGCUUUUGCUAACUGGGCGUGAGGAUUUGAGUAAAUUAUUAUCAAAUGGUCUUUACAGUGACACGCCGAUUGAAAAACCAAUCAGUGACAAUAUUGCGUCAUUGACACAUGAUCUUGCUUCAAAUGAAGCUGUCUCAUCGUGGGAUGAUCAAUCAGAAGCUAAACGGUUAGGCAUCACCAAAUUGAUAUUUGAUCAUGAUCGAAGGUAUUUCGAAAUAACAACUUUGUUACAUCAAACAAAGAUGCAAACUGCCUUUUUAAAAACCAAUGACUCUAUAAGUGAGUAUGAUCUUCUUUUGCUUCAAAGAAAACUAGCUAGUAUUGUUGCAGUGCGAACUUUGACAAUACCCAUGGGUCGAGCUGCACUAAACUAUGGCGGUCGGAAACCGUUAUUGACAGAAAAAUACCCUAUUCCGAAAUUCAAUUUGAACACAUUGAUUUCACCAACAAUGACCACCAUAAUCCCUUCUGAGGAUAGCAUUUCUCAGAAUCUACUAGAGUGGGGUCAUUUCCAUAACGGUGUAUCCUCCGGCUUGAGUAUUGCAAAAGACUCAAAGGGAAUUUCAGGUAGUUGGAUUAUAUUCAAUAAACCCCCGGAUUUGAAUUCACAACAUGCAGGCUUCUUAUUUGGGUUAGGAUUGAAUGGUCACUUGAAGAAGCUCGAAGAAUGGCACAUCUAUAAUUACUUGGGCCCGAAACAUCCCUUAACCAGCGUUGGAUUGCUUAUUGGUAUGGCGGCUAGUUUACGCGGUACAAUGGAUAAUAAGUUGACCAAAGUUUUAUCUGUUCAUGCUGUUGCAUUGUUACCACAAGGUGCCAACGAUUUAAAUGUACCCAUAACGGUGCAAACAGCUGGACUCAUUGGUAUAGGUCUACUCUAUUUGGAGACACAACACCGAAGGAUGAGCGAGAUUUUGCUUUCGCAGAUUACCGGUUCAGUUUUCCAAAAUGACGUGGAGCAAGUUCAUGAAGGAUACAGAUUAGCUUCGGGGGUAGCGUUGGGGUUUGUUAACCUAGGUAAGGGUGAUGAUUUGAAGGGACUUAAUGAUACACAUGUUGUAGAUAGAUUGAAAGCUUUGGCUACUUUUAUGAAGAACGAUCAACCGGGUUUAGAAUUGGAUAAGUCAUGUUGCGGUGCAAUUAUAGCCUUGUGUUUGAUAUAUCUCAAGACGGAGAAUGCAAAUGUAGCUGACAAAUUGAGUGUUCCUGAAUCCGAACAAGUAUUGGAUUACAUCAGACCAGAUUUACUAUUUCUUCGAUGUAUGGCCACAAACUUGAUAACUUGGAGUACAAUUGGGUCUACACGUGAAUGGAUUGAAUCGCAAGUGCCCACGACGGUGUUGAGUGAAUUCAACAAGAGUGAUGGGUUCAACAGGCUAGAUAGUGAUGAGUUGAUUUUUUUCAACGUUUUGGGUGGUGCAUGUUUGGCAAUGGCGUUAAAGUAUGCGUCGUCAUCUAAUAUAGAAGCAAGAGAUUCCGUUUUGUAUUAUCUUGAUAAGUUGAUGUUGUUGACAGCCAAGCCAGCGACAAAUUACGAUGAGAAGCUUACUUAUAAUACUGCUAUCAAUAUUCAAAACAUUUUGGCAUUAUGUGCAUCAUUGAUUAUGGCGGCAAGUGGUGAUUUAAAAGUCUUUCAAAGAUUACGAGUAUUACAUAAUGAUACUAGUAAAUCGAUGGGAUAUGGUGGGUUCAUGGCAAUAAACACAGCGUUGGGCUUCCUAUUUCUUGGCGGUGGACAGAUGGCAUUUGAUGACUCAUUGUUUGGUAUUGCUAGUUUAAUCACUAGUUUGUACCCGAUAUUUCCAAAAGAGAACAGUGAAUAUGAGGUUCAUCUACAAGCAUUGAGGCAUUUUUGGGCAUUGGCUAUUGUUCCACGAUGUUUGGUGGUCAAGGAGGUAGGUACCAAUGAGCCAUACAAAAUUCCAAUAACCAUAACCAUGAGAGACGGUACAGUGAUUGAAAAAUUGUCACCAUGCUUACUUCCCAAAAUCAAUGAUAUACAAACCAUAUCCACCAAUUCGAUUGAUUAUUUUGAAGUUGUGAUUGAUUGUCAAUUGAAAUCAGAAAUUUUGGAAAAUUUUGAAAAAUCAUUGACGAUUUAUGUUUACAAGAAACAAAAUUAUCAAUUGUUAAGACCAAGUGUUAGAUCAAUGUUGCAAAAUAAGCCUCGAAAUAUUGAAAUUGACCCUGAUUCAAUAUUGAAUUGCGAAUUAUUCAAACAGUUAGAUUUGAACGGUAAAGAGAUUUGGAUAAAUGAGUUCAGUUCCAAGAAGAAAGUGUCGUAUUCCGGAUUGACUAUUUUCAAUAUUAUUGAUGAUAAAUUGAGGUUGAUAAAAAGUGUUGAAUCGCCUGAUUCGAUUGAAGAUGUAUGGAAUUUAAGAUUAUUAUUUGGGUAUGCCAAUAUGUGUAUUCAUAAUGAUGAUUUACAUUAUAUUCCUUUGCAAUUUAUCAACCAAUUGAAGCAAAAGUUGUGGAACAAAGUUGCAUAG